CGUCGAAGAUCUACAGUUCUGCUGCACUUUGUCUUCUGCACUCUGCAUCCGCCUUUUAAAAAGAACGAUAUAGAAAAUGGUCUUGUUUAGGAAACGUAAAAUUCGUUGCAGAACGCGAAAAGAAGCGAAUAAUGAUAGCAGUGAGGAUGAAAUUACGAUGAUUAAAAAGGAGAAAAAACAAGAUCAUAAUCCAUCUUCAACAUGAAUUAGAAGGAAAAAAUGACAAAAAGAAAGACAUGGCAUCCAUUGAAAUGGUACGUAAAGUACCAAUUAGAGCGUCCAUUAACUAUCUUAGAGCAACUGUAAGACGGGACUACCAGCCCAAUAUCUGCAAAGAUUAUAAAGAAACUGGUAUAUGUGGAUUUGGAAAUAGUUGUAAAUUUCUUCAUGACCGGGCCGAUUAUAAAUUGUCAUGGCAAUUGGAAAGAGAUACUGAUGAAGAAUGUGAUGAAAAUGGAGAUAUAGAUGAUAAAAAGUUUGAGAUUGAAAACAGAAGGCAAACUUGCCAUUUAAGUGCUGUAUUUGUAAAAACAAUUUUGAUAACCCAAUUACAAGAUGUAAGCAUUAUUUUUGUGAAAAAUGUGCUUUGGGACAAUAUAGAAAAAGUACACGAUGUUAUGUUUGUAAUACUCAAACUAAUGGCACUUUUAAUCCUGCAAAAGAAAUUGCACGAACUAAAAUGAAAGAAAAGGGAAAAAUAAUUAUAGCAAGAGAAG